AUGUCUCGGAUAUCGCCUCUCUUCCCCCAACGGCUAAUUCUUGCAGCUAGAGUAGCUGCAGGAGUCUCAAUCACCGGCGCAGCAAGCUUUCACCUCGUCACAAGAAAAUGUUACUUUGAGCCCUUUGGACCGGAGAAUGGCAGAUCGUUGUAUGGGCAUCCGCUGCUGAAGAAGAUCAAUCCUUGGAAUAAACCGGGCUCCGCCGACUCAUGCGUGAGAGAGGUGCCGUUCAACAAUCUGGAUAAAGUGAUGCUGGAAGAUGCAAAGAAGGGAGGAACAAAAUUGGUUGAGAGGUUCAUGGCGGGAAUGUGGGGAGGAUUUGGUUAUGGUAUUCAGAGAAGGAUUAUGACAUUUUUCAAGAACGAGGUGAACAAGAACGACUUGUGGGACAAGAAGGAUCUUCUGGCAUCUACCUAUGAGCCAGGCACCUAUUUCACCAACCAUUUCGUUGUCCUCUCAAAAACACCAACAUGUAUCACAUUGAGAGGCUGCUUCGAUCCUCACCAGUCACCGCCUUCGCCCAUGGAUGUUGAUAAUCUCGUUGAGAUACGCGCGGAGCUAGAUGAAAUGAGACAGGUGGCCGUACUCAAACUUCAGGUCAUCACAUUUGAUGGAAGGAAAGAAGCGAGUGACAAGGAGGACCCUUUUGGCGGAGUUGGAGGAUGGCUUCACAGACGGUAUUCUACGUUACUCGUGGAAUCGGGAGCCAGGAACUCGCCUACCAACGGCCGUUUCAAUUCCAAUUGGCAUUCAUCGAUAACAUCGACCGGCACUGCAAUAUCUGGCGGUAUUCUUGCAGCAUUCCUUCUUGCAACACUUCUUAGUGCGGCAGCAGAAGUUGCCAAUGGAGCACUUUCGGGGAAACUUGGCAGGGCAGACUUUGGCAGCGAGUUGGAGAGCCUCGCCGCGGGAGAGGCUGUAGCCGUCUUCCCCGGAGGUAGCGAGGUCUGGAAGACCCUCGGCAGUGCUGAUGGCGGGGCCAGCGGCGGCAAGGGGGAUGAGGAGGAGGAGAGUGGUGGUGAACUUCAUUAUGAGAAACUGCGACGUUAA